ACACAGACAAGCAGAGGCGGCUGUAACAGAGGGAAGACGUAAUGGUUUGACUCUCUGUGCACUUGCGAUGAUUGUGACUCCUGCAUUACUCUGCACAUUCCUCAAACGGGAGGCGCAAUGAAGGCGGGGGCCUCGUCCAUGUGGGCAUCAUGCUGCGGGCUGUUGAACGAGGUGAUGGGCACGGGCACGGUGCGGGCACAGCAGCCCGGCUUCGGGGCAGGGGCGGGGCCUUUCCGCUUCGCCCCCAGCGCGGGGUACUCCACGUACCCCCCCACCAGCUCAGGGAGCGCCGGACAGCUGUGCAAGGCCUGCGGGCUGGCCUUCUCCGUCUUCAGACGCAAGCACAUCUGCUGCGACUGCAAGAAGAGUUUCUGCGCCCUGUGCUCCGUCCUGCAGGAGGACCUGCGCUGCUGCGCCACCUGCCACCUCCUGCGCGGCACCGCCUUCCAGAGGCCGCGCCUCAUGCAGCUGAGGGUCAAAGACCUGCGGCAGUACCUGCUGCUACGCAACAUCCCUACGGACACGUGCAGGGAGAAGGAGGACCUGGUGGACCUGGUGCUCUGCCAUCAGGGGACGAGGGAAACUCCCAGACCUGUAGUGGAAGAGGAAGAAGAGGAGGAGGAUGAGGAGGAAGACGAAGAGGGGGAUGGAGACACGCACGAGGGGGAGGAGGAAGAUGACACAGACAGUCUCCACUCACAUGGCGCCUCGCCCCCCUCCCCCACUCGCUCCGCCUCGGAACAGUCGGUCGUCUCCGCCUCUCAGGGAGUCGUGCUCAGCCCAAGUGACAGCUCAGGGACCCCCAGCCAGGAGCACGAAGACACGCCCACAGCCUCCCUCCUCAAUCUUGACCACACUGAAAAUAUCAUCGAGGUCAGCCCGGCGACGCAGAGGAGAAUCCGGGCCUCGCUGUCCGACCUGGACAACGAGGACGCCAUUGAGAACCUGUCGGUGCGUCAGCUCAAGGAGAUUCUCGCCAGGAACUUUGUCAACUACUCUGGCUGCUGCGAGAAGUGGGAGCUGCUCGAGCGAGUCCAUCGACUCUACAGAGAGAACGAGCAGAACAGGAAGUCCAUGGAAAAUGUGAGCAUUACUGCAGUGGUCGCAUAUCCUCCACCUGUGUGCAACAGUGGAGAUGGAGACGGCGUGAAAGCUCAGCUGUCCUCCGACGACAACCUGUGUCGCAUCUGCAUGGACGCCAUCAUCGACUGCGUGCUGCUGGAGUGCGGUCACAUGGUGACGUGCACCAAAUGCGGCAAGAGGAUGAACGAGUGCCCCAUCUGCAGGCAGUAUGUGGUGCGGGCCGUGCACGUCUUCAAGUCCUAAAACUGUGAGUCAGGUGACGCCCACGUGGGACUGUAGCGGGACGCUCUUUCUCUCUGGUCUCCACACCUUCUACUCUGUCGUGUUCCAGCUUUUCGAGAUUUUACGCCCACUUGAAGUGGAUCAAGUGGACAAGCAGUGUGAUGGCAGGGUUUAGAGUCAACACGGUUUACACACUCAUGACUCCUACUGUCAGUCGACUAUAAUAUGUGCAAUAUCAUCAAAAAGAAGACUUAUAUUGUUUUUUUAAGUAUAGAAAAUGUCCAUUCAUUCUCAUUUUAGCAGAAGGGUGUAAAGAUGCCAAAUAACACGCCUACACACAGCCCAUUUUUUUGCUUUAGCAUCUCAUAACCAGCAAGCUUUGGUGCGUUUAUGUUGUCAUUGAGGACCAUAGGAAACAGUUUAUAAUAAGGGUGCAAAAAUGGCUCAUUUCUAAAGGAAGUCUGGCACACAUCAUCACUGGAAUGAAAUCUACGGAAGCCCGUUUCCGCCACUGAAAGAAAAAAAAUCUCCCAAUUUAAGUCAUAAUUAUGAGAUAAAAAGCCAAAAUUAUGAGAUAAUGGAUUUAUAAUUAUGAGACUAAAAAGUCGAAAAUUACAAGAUAAAGUCAGAAUUAUGAGAUAGGCAAGUCGACAUAAUGAGCUACAAACUGCACCUGUGCCGAGUGCCAUGUGACGAAAGCUUCAGUGAAGAAGGUGGCACAUGCGCAGUUUGUGUCUCAUAAUUACGACUUUUUAUCUCAUCAUUUAGAGAGAAGAGAAUAAAGCUGGAUUUUUUUCCACAAAAAAUAAAUAUAUAUAAUAUAUAUAAUAUCAUAUUACAAUUAAAUCAUACACAUUUUUCAUUUUAACGCAAAUAGGCUUGUAAUAUUAUGCAUAUAUUCUCCCAAAAAAUUAUAUAUUUCUUUCUUGUAAUAUGUUUUCUUUUUGCCAAAAAAAACACUACUUUGUCUUGUUGUUUUGGUAAAGUCCAACAUUAUUCUCUUGGUCGUGUUAUUUUAUUUUCAGUGUGUUCCUAGUAACAAUAAGAAGACACCACAGAAAACCAUCUACUUUUUCUGCAAAUUCGUUUUUUUAAUCCACAAAAAAAAAAACAACCUAAAAAGCUCAGGUUAAAAAUGCUAAAACAUUGCCUGUUUCGUUAAUAAAGGUGAACACUUUGACCCUGGAACGGACUAAUCCUAUUCCUAUGAUUUUCCAAUGGUAAAAUAUUGGAUUGCAUUUUGUAGCAUCAGAUUGUGUUUGACCUGAAAAGGUUCCACUGAAGUAAUGUACUAAAAAAGGUUAGUGACAAUAGACAAGCUUUAUGGUUGUUGGUAAAAAUCACUUCUUUUUUUUUUUUAUACAAACUGUGGUCAUAAAUACCUUUUGUAUGAGUGGUACCCUUAUUUGAGAAGGUCAUAGCAAUCAAUGGAUGUUUCCUCUUUCAUUUAGGAUGAAUAAAAUACCAACCAAGCACCAAGCAAUAGCGUCAAUUUACGUGAGACAGUGAGAGUUAUGCAAAGGAAGCAACCUCAUCCACUGUAAUCAUUCGUGUGGAUCACAUGUAAGUGUAAUGCAUAGAUAGCUUCUAUUGUUGAUGAAAUAUAUGUCUAUUUUUCCAUGCACUACAGCAGGGAGGCUGAAAGGUUUACGAACAGAAUGUAUCGCUGCUGGGUUUUUUCCUCAUUUAAACAUUAAAUAUCUUCAUGGUCUCGGUUGGUUUAUGUCUGUUUUUUUGUUUUUUUAUUUGAAUGCUGCAGUCAUUUCCUAAUGAAAGAUGUCAUUCAUGGGCAGCUACAGUCUUAGCAGAACAACAGAGGAGGUUCAUCGUGAGCACUCAUUAUCCUGGAUCUUUAUAUUUUGGAAUGUUGGACCUUUUUAUUUUGGUAAACAAACAAAAAGAUUUAUUAGAGUCAAUAAAAUUCAGUACAACAAAA